CCGCCGCCCGGAAGGCAGGAUGAGCAUCGAGAUCCCGGCGGGACUGACGGAGCUGCUGCAGGGUUUCACCGUGGAGGUCCUCAGGCACCAGCCCGCCGACCUGCUGGAGUUCGCGCUGCAGCACUUCACGCGCCUGCAGCAGGAGAACGAGCGGAAAGGCGCCGCGCGCUCUGGCCAUGAGGGCAAAACCUGGGCGGACGUGGGCUCCGCCGGGGGCGGCACCCCCAGCAAGGGGGUCAACUUUGCCGAGGAGCCCAUGCACACCGACUCCGAGAACGGGGAGCAGGAGGAGGAGGAGGAGGCCGCGGAUACUGGAGCGUUCAACGCUCCAGUAAUAAACCGAUUCACAAGGCGUGCCUCAGUUUGUGCAGAAGCUUAUAAUCCUGACGAAGAAGAAGAUGAUGCAGAAUCCAGGAUUAUACAUCCAAAAACUGAUGAUCAAAGAAAUAGAUUGCAAGAAGCUUGCAAAGACAUCCUGCUAUUUAAGAAUCUGGAUCCGGAGCAGAUGUCUCAAGUAUUAGAUGCCAUGUUUGAAAAAUUGGUCAAAGAAGGGGAACAUGUAAUCGAUCAAGGUGAUGAUGGUGACAACUUUUAUGUAAUCGAUAGAGGAACAUUUGAUAUUUAUGUAAAAUGUGAUGGUGUUGGAAGAUGUGUUGGUAACUAUGAUAAUCGUGGGAGCUUCGGCGAACUAGCCUUAAUGUACAACACACCCAGAGCAGCUACAAUCACUGCUACCUCUCCUGGUGCUCUGUGGGGUUUGGACAGGGUAACCUUCAGGAGAAUAAUUGUAAAAAAUAAUGCCAAAAAGAGAAAAAUGUAUGAAAGUUUUAUCGAGUCACUGCCAUUCCUUAAAUCUUUGGAAGUUUCUGAACGCCUAAAAGUAGUAGAUGUGAUAGGCACCAAAGUAUAUAACGAUGGAGAACAGAUCAUUGCUCAGGGAGAUUUGGCAGAUUCUUUUUUCAUUGUAGAAUCUGGAGAAGUGAAAAUUACUAUGAAAAGGAAGGGUAAAUCAGAAGUGGAAGAAAAUGGUGCAGUAGAAAUCGCUCGGUGUACUCGGGGACAGUACUUUGGAGAACUUGCUCUGGUAACUAACAAACCUCGAGCAGCCUCUGCACACGCCAUUGGGACUGUCAAGUGUUUAGCCAUGGAUGUGCAAGCAUUUGAAAGGCUUUUGGGACCUUGCAUGGAAAUUAUGAAAAGGAACAUUACUACCUAUGAAGAACAAUUAGUUGCUCUGUUUGGAACAAACAUGGAUAUUGUUGAACCCACUGCAUGAAGCACAUGUAUGGAGCAAGAAGACCUAUAGUGACAAAAUUGCACAGUAGUGGUUAGUCCACUGAGAAUGUGUUUGUGUAGAUGCCAAGCAUUUUCUGUGGUUUCCAGUUUUUCCUUUUUUUACAUUUACAAUGUAUCAGUAAACAGAGUAGUAAUUUAAUAGGCAAUAGGCUUUAACAUCAUUUCUAAAGAAUAGAUCAUAAAAAAUAUCAACAUACGAAUAAAAUGAUUUUCUACUCAACAAAAUUUACUGAAAGGUUUAUUCAAAUGAUUGUAAUAUACUGAAAGUAUCUGUGUUUAAGAAGCUAAUUAAAGGAUGUUAUCAUAGGUAAUUUGUGUUUGUUUUGACUUACUCAGAAUGAUGUGUCACUGACUGUGCCCAUGUAAGAGGGAACUUGGCAAUGAAUCAUGCUAUACAGCAUGGCGUCACAUUCUUUUUACAACUCGUUAUAUAUAUAGCUGGGAGGUAUCCAGUCAUCUCCCCUAGCCUAUGUUUCAAUGUCCCAAAGUUUAACAGAACAGGGAAGCUGCCCUGAACUGAACUCAACAUUUUGGAUAAGAUGACUUUUCUGUUUAAUUUUAUUUUAAAAGCCAUGUUAAUAAAAAACACACAGAACCCCAGAUUUCUGGUUUAUCAUUCUGUAUUCUCUAUUUACUCUUUCAGGUUACCUAUUUUGUUGCAUAAGCUCAUUGCUAUCCAUGGAAUAGUAAAAACUGCCUGUUUAAUAAAGAACUCUGAGGCCGUAAA